AUGACCUCUUUCGAGCCCUACCCGCUGACCGAGCUCGACCACCUUUUGAUGCUAGCAUACGUCUAUUUGUUUCUCACAUUCAAUACAUCCAACACCGAAGAUAACAUAUCGCGCCUAAAAAAUGGAGCGUCGCGCCUCAUCCAAGAAUGGCCCUUUCUGGCCAGCACAAUAGCAAAGCCUGGACAGGAGCGCCCGCACCAAAAAGCGUAUCAAGUCCAACCACCUUCCAAAUCCGAGCUCCAAGCCAAUCCAAUCCUGCACAUCAAGUUCCAUCGCGUACCUGUCUCGGUGAUGAAACAGGUCGAAGAAACCCCGGAGCAGUUAAUCCCGAUCAAGCCCCGAUCGCCGACCCCUUAUCCGGCGCCCGCGCGACGGUUCCAAGCCAACAUCAUGACCGACGGUAUCAUAUUGGCAGCUUCUUGGCAUCACCGCUUCAUGGACACUUUUGGGUGUCACGCUGUUUUCGAUGGUCUGGCACACUUUUGUCGGGGAGGUGGUUCUUAUAACUUUGGCGGAAUGGCGAAGAGCCCUGCCGCUUUUGCAGAUGCGUAUGUGUCUGCCUACGCGACAAGCCAUUAUCGAGAAAACCAAGUGUUGCGGGGCUAUGUGCUCUGUUUUCGAAAGAUACAGACGCCCAAGGAGAUGUGUAACUCUCGACUUGCGGAACUCGGCCAGUCGCGCCAAAUCGAGCUGACCUGCGACGAUAUUGUCACGGCCUUGAUGUGGCUUGCUGCUGCUAAUGAACGCAAUCGCGCCUUUUCAAUCCCUCGCUCAUCGCUUAUGCGAUAUGCCAAUGCGCGGAACUUGCUGGAGCCGUGUAUUCCGAGUGCCUUUUUUGGGAAUGCAGUCGCGGUAUCACGGUCUUACUGCAAUGUGCACGAGCUACAGUCCGCGACUGAAACCCCAAAUAUCUCAGGAUGCGAAGCCAUUCCAGGUUUGACCCAGGAAGCAAUAAACGCCUUGUCACGCGUGGCCUGGCUCGGUCGCUCAGCAAAUAGAAGCAUAGACGCGAGCCAUGUGGGGGAUCUUCUCGCGACAUUUCGGGCGUCUCACGACUGGGACUCGUUGAAUAUUGCCCCUGCCGACGUGCCUGUAUCGAGCAUACGGAAGAUUGCUUUUUACGGUCUCGAUUUCGGGCAGUCAUUUGGCCCUGUGAAGGACGUCGAUCCCUUGGAAUUCAACCUGCAAGGACAGUGUGUCAUUGGUCCUGCAAGAUAUCGUGGUUCAGACACACCCUGGGAGAUUCGCAUGGCUUUCCCCAAGGAAGUCACUCAACAUUUGGAAACGGAUCCUCUGUUGUUGUGGGCGAGAAUCGAAGAGAAACCAAAACUUUAA